AUGGCAGGGGGUCACGAGCGUUGGGGAAAUCAAGUGGAGUAUUUGCUCUCGUGCCUCGGUUACGCUGUUGGUAUCGGGAACCUAUGGAGGUUUCCUUAUCUGUGCUAUCGGAAUGGUGGAGGUGCAUUUUUAAUCCCAUAUUUGUUAACCCUAGCAAUAUGUGCGAUACCACUCGUUUACUUGGAGACAACAUUGGGGCAGUUCGCGAGCGCUGGUUGCAUUUCAGUCUUUAAUAUCAAUCCUCUGUUUAAAGGAGCCGGAUACACGAUGGUCGUUCUGAACAUCAUUGCAGUAAUAUAUUUCGCAGUUUUGAUGGCGUAUCCGAUUCUGUACGUAUACCAUUCCUUCAGCUCGCCGCUGCCUUGGCAGAACUGUGGUAAUUCGUGGAACACGGACAGAUGCGCGGAGAUUACAAGUAAUUCUAGUCUGAUAAGCGGCAACACAACGACGCCGGAAGAUGAGUUCUAUCACAUACGGCUUCUACAAAUUUCGCCAAGUAUUACCCACAUCGGCGGAAUCGUGUGGCCAGUAUUUUGGUGUAAUGUGAUCGCUUGGGUGUUAGUAUAUCUUUGCAUUUGCAACGGUGUGAAAAGCGUUGGAAAGAUCGUGUAUUUUACUGUGCUUUUUCCGUACGUGGUUUUAUUCGCCCUAUUAGUGCGUGGAACAACAUUGCCCGGGGCUUGGCAAGGGAUAUUGUAUUACGUGCUGCCAGAUUGGAGUCAAUUAACCAAACCGAAGGUAUGGGUCGAUGCAGCAACUCAAGUCUUCUUCUCCGUUGGGCCGGGCUGGGGAGGAUUGGUCAGCAUGGCCAGUUUCAACAAAUUUAAUUACGACUACUUAAGAUCAUCAAUCAUUAUACCAGUAGUAUGUUGCGGGACCAGUAUCCUAGCUGGGUUCGUGGUGUUCUCCGUGCUUGGGUUUGCUGCUGAACGCGCUGGAGUACCAAUAGGCGAAGUAGCGACUGCCGGACCAGGUCUUGCCUUCGUCACGUACCCGGCUGCUGUUUCAAUGAUGCCGGCACCCAACUUCUGGGCAAUUACCUUCUUCACUAUGCUUUUCUUCCUUGGUAUUGAUUCUAUGUUCGUAACUAUAGAAGCUGUUAUAGCGGGGCUCCUCGACGAAUUCCCCCAACUAAGAAUUCGAAAGAAACUCAUAACGUUUUUGACCUGCAUCUGUCUAUUCUGUUUGUCCAUCGUCUGCACGACUCGGGGUGGGUUACAUAUAGUUGGUCUCCUUGACGCUCAUGUGGCCAUAGUAAGUGUACCACUAGUAUGUGUUCUGGAGCUAAUAGCUGCCGCCUACACAUAUGGACCUAAGAAGAUGGCGGCCGAUGUACAAUUCAUGACUGGAAGGCCCUUAAGCAAAAUCUGGAUGAUAUUAUGGAGAUAUGUGUUACCGGCUUUGCUUAUGAUCAUGAUCGCUUACUCGUUGCGAGAAGCGUCAGGUGUUGCAGGAUGGUGUGUUGCCCUCGUGUCGGUCAUCUUCAUACCCAUACAUGCUGUGCAGCUUCUACUUAAAACUAAGGGUUCUUUUGCACAGAGACUUCGCGUUUGCUGUCAGCCGAACAGUUUAUGGGGUCCGGUUGAACCGGAUAUCCGGUGCUGUUGGGAAGCGUCAAAACGUCAAAAUUCGUUUCCUCUAGAAGCCACGGUCACUCUAGAUAAUGUUGAUAGGAAGAAAUAA